CGGGACCUGAUUGGCUGGCGGGCCGGUAUUGAGGGCACGCGCCGCGUUUCUGCCGCGCUGUGUUCCAGGAGACGGCCGGCUGGUGUUCCGUUAGCGCAGCGCGAGGAGACGAUCAGAGAAGGGCUUUUCUUUCCUGUACCUGGGAUCCACUGUAGCCAUGCCAUCCGAUUUAGCAAAGAAGAAAGCAGCGAAGAAGAAGGAAGCAGCAAAGGCUCGUCAGAGGCCCAAGAAGGCUGAAGCAGUUAAUGGCGAUGGAGGGAAACCCGAGAGCCCAGAGAAUGGUGUGGCUGAGGUCAAUGGAGUUGCCAGCAUAACAAAGGAGCUGGAUGAGUUUGAGCUGAAGAAGACUGAGGCACGUGCUGUGACCGGAGUGCUGGCUUCCCACCCCAACAGCACAGAUGUGCAUAUCAGCAGUUUGUCACUGACCUUUCAUGGGCAGGAGCUGCUCAGUGAUACUAGUCUGGAGCUCAACUCAGGUCGUCGUUAUGGCCUUAUUGGACUUAACGGAACAGGUAAAUCCAUGUUGCUCUCUGCUAUUGGAUACAGAGAAGUGCCCAUUCCAGAACACAUUGACAUUUACCACCUGACGCGCGAGAUGCCUCCCAGUGAGAAAACUGCACUACAGUGUGUAAUGGAGGUUGAUGACGAGAGGAUCCAGCUAGAAAAAGAAGUUGAGAGACUCGCCCAUGAAGACUCGGAGUGUGAGAAGCUAAUGGACUUGUAUGAACGAUUAGAGGAACUUGAUGCAGCCAAGGCAGAGGUGCGUGCAUCCCGUAUUCUUCAUGGCCUGGGCUUCACUGCUGCCAUGCAACAGAAAAAACUCAAAGACUUCAGUGGAGGCUGGAGGAUGCGUGUUGCGCUUGCCAGAGCUCUGUUCCUCAAACCUUUCAUGCUGCUCCUGGAUGAGCCCACCAACCACUUGGACCUGGAUGCCUGUGUGUGGCUGGAGGAGGAGCUAAAGCAGUUUAAACGAAUUCUUGUCUUGAUAUCUCAUUCUCAAGAUUUUCUCAAUGGUGUUUGUACUAACAUCAUUAAUCUGCAUCAGCGUAAGCUGAAAUACUACACGGGUAAUUAUGACCAGUAUGUGAAGACUAGAGAGGAGCUGGAGGAGAACCAGAUGAAGCGCUUUAACUGGGAGCAGGAUCAAAUCGCUCAUAUGAAGAACUACAUAGCACGGUUUGGGCACGGCUCUGCAAAGUUGGCCCGUCAGGCACAGAGCAAAGAGAAAACCCUGCAGAAGAUGGUUGCUUCAGGUCUGACUGAACGUGUAGUGAAUGACAAGACACUGUCAUUUUAUUUUCCUCCCUGUGGGAAGAUACCCCCUCCUGUCAUCAUGGUUCAGAAUGUCAGCUUCAGAUACUCAGAUGAAACGCCAAUCAUUUAUAAAAGCCUGGAGUUUGGAAUUGAUUUGGAUACCAGGGUGGCCCUUGUGGGGCCCAAUGGGGCUGGCAAAUCAACACUAUUGAAGCUGCUCACUGGGGAGCUCCUCCCUACUGAUGGCAUGAUCAGGAAGCACUCCCAUGUCAAGAUUGGCAGAUAUCACCAGCAUCUGACAGAACAGCUCGAGUUGGAUCUGUCACCUUUGGAGUACAUGAUGAAGUGCUACCCAGAGAUAAAGGAAAAAGAGGAGAUGCGAAAGAUCAUUGGACGAUAUGGACUCACCGGCAAACAGCAGGUAAGUCCCAUCAGGAAUCUCUCUGAUGGUCAGAAGUGCCGUGUUUGCUUUGCCUGGCUGGCCUGGCAGAACCCCCACAUGCUCUUCCUUGAUGAGCCGACCAAUCACUUGGAUAUUGAGACGAUCGAUGCCCUCGCUGAGGCAAUCAAUGAGUUUGAGGGUGGCUUGAUGCUGGUUAGCCACGACUUCAGGCUUAUUCAACAGGUUGCUCAGGAGAUAUGGGUUUGUGAAAAACAAACCAUCACCAAGUGGAAGAAGGACAUCCUGGCCUACAAAGAACAUCUGAAAUCCAAAAUUGACAAAAAUGCAUGAUGCGCAAGAUCUGCAUCUUCCACAUGACAAUUUCCAACAAUCUGCAUCUUCACUCUCAUUCUUGUGGACACCCCAAAGCAUGCAUGUUCAUACUUCAGUUGAAGCACUAUCUACUGCAAACUCCCCUAUUGUUUUAUUUUGAUUAAUUGGUUUCCUCCCUCUUGCCCUUCCAUGUCCCCUUCUGUUCUAAUUGGUGUGAACUCAAAGUAAAGUCAAGGCAGGUGUGCACUUAAACAUUAAUGCAGGACAUUCAUCAUUCAUCUGAGCAGGAUUAUGGCUGACAUACUAUAGACCAAGAUAUAUUACAUGGGCUCUUGCAGAGCUUUUUUUUGUUUGUUUGUUUAGUUUUUCUUUUAUUUAAUGCUGUAUCUGCAAUAAUGGAGUUGUCUGAAAAUGCUAAAUAAAAUAACCUUUUCCUAUAA